CUUCUCUGUUUCUCAUAAUCUCACUAUUGCCCCGCUACCCUCUCCUCUCUUCUCCGUCGAGUGAGUCAGUAUCGAGUCAGCCACGCCGUCCGAGUUCUGUCGGCUCUUCUCAGCCCGUCCCUCGUUGGAUUUCGCCGCGGAAGGGUGAAGAAGGCGACGGCGCCGUCAUUCGUAGAAGACUAGAGCGGUUUAAGAAUUUUAUUUUUUUAUAAAAUUUUUACAAGAAAUUUUUUCUAGGGCUUCGGUUUUGGGUUUCCUUAGGGCUCAACCCGUGAAUUGAUUGUGUUGUCGCAGACCUCAUUCAGCUAUAUCUUGUGUUGCAGGGCGGUAGCCUAAUUGAGAGGAACCCUAAUUAUUGGCCCGUCAGCAUUUGCUAUCCCGGUGAGUACGAGACAGGCAUAAAAGGUCACUUUCAUCUUUUAGUGCUAUUUUGGUUCUCAGCAUCAGUGAUUUAACUGCAAGAGAGUUUUUUUGAGGAUAUUGCUGGGUGAUGGUCAUGUAAAUAUUUGCUGUUGUAUAUAGAGACCUUUUAAUUUGUUCAUAAUUUGGUGGGUCAAGUGGUACAUAUGGCUGCUUUGGCUGGUGAUUCCUCAAACCAUGGAGUGCAUGAAGCUGGAGCUUAUAAGAUCUCUCAAGAAAUGCCAGAGGAAAGUGGUGGCCGCUGGUAUUUCUCUAGGAAGGAGAUUGAAGAAGAUUCCCCCUCUAGACAAGAUGGGAUUGAUUUGAAGAAAGAGACUUACUUGCGCAAAUCAUAUUGUACAUUCUUACAAGAUUUGGGCAUGAGACUUAAAGUACCUCAGGUGACUAUUGCUACAGCAAUAAUAUUUUGUCAUCGUUUCUUUCUUCGACAAUCUCAUGUGAAGAACGAUAGGAGGAUUGUUGCCACCGUAUGUAUGUUCCUUGCUGGAAAGGUUGAAGAAACACCUCGUCCCUUGAAAGAUGUUAUAAUGGUUUCAUAUGAGCUAAUUAAUAAAAAGGAUCCAGGAGCAAAAGAAAGGAUUAAGCAAAAGGAGAUCUAUGAACAACAAAAAGAACUAACUUUGCUUGGAGAGAGGGUGGUCCUUGUCACUCUUGGUUUUGACCUUAAUGUGCAUCAUCCAUAUAAACCCCUUGUUGAGGCAAUAAAGAAAUUCAAGGUUGCUCAAAAUGCCCUUGCCCAAGUUGCUUGGAAUUUUGUUAAUGAUGGGCUUCGGACAUCUUUAUGCUUGCAAUUUAAGCCUCACCACAUUGCAGCGGGUGCCAUUUUUCUUGCUGCCAAGUUCCUCAAAGUAAAACUCCCAUCUGAUGGUGAGAAGGUUUGGUGGCAGGAAUUUGAUGUUACCCCACGGCAAUUGGAGGAGGUGAGCAACCAAAUGCUAGAAUUGUACGAACAGAACAAGGCACCUCCUUCUCAAGCAAACGAAGCAGAAGGAAGUGUUGCAGGUAGCCAAAGACCUGUAAAAUCCUCUGCCACAAAUGAAGAUCAUGUGACCAAUAACAGCAAUUCACAGGGUGGUGGUCCUAUAAAGGCAGGACCUUCCAAGCCAGCUUCCCAUAGGCCAACUCCUGAUCUGUCACAUGCUGAUAAUAAUGGUGGGCCUCCUAGGGGUGCUCAAGAUCGAAGUCAUGACUUUGAAAGUGCGGAAAAUAAUUCAGACCAUUUUGCUGAUGGUGAGACUAGUGGAAAGCACAGCCAUGAAAGAGAGCUUUUGCCUCACCAGGGGAGUGGAGGGGAAAUCCAAAACAGGUCAAAAACAAACCCUGGGAGUCAUGGUGAAGAAGACCGAGAACGAAAUGCUGGGAGAACUGAAACAAGGGAUAAGGGGGAAUUGAAGGACAAGUACUAUGGUCGAGCUUUGGAGCGCAAGGAUGGUGCAGUUGGUCAAUCACCGCAGGAGGUGAUUAAAAAGAUUGACAAAGACAAGGUCAAAGCAGCACUUGAGAGGAACAGGAAGUCCCGUGGGGAUUCAACUAGGAAAGUUGAUUACAUGGAUGAGGAUGAUCUCAUUGAAAGAGAAUUGGAGGAUGGAAUAGAGUUAGCUGCCGAGAAUGAAAAAAACAAACGUGAAAGAAAACAAAGCUGGUCUAAAUCUUCAAUCAAGUCAGAGCAUGAAAGUUCCCAUCAAGAUGGGGGUGGAGAUGGACAGUACCAAGUGAAGAAAGAGCAGCCAUCGCGUAAUGCAGAUUAUGACAAUAAUGUGGAAGAGGGAGAGCUGGAUCCUUAUGAUGAUAUUGACAAGGGAUAUCAUUCCCCAAAGUUGAGCAACCGGAAGCGAAAGGCAACUAGCCCCCCUAUGGAGGGUAAGCAGAGGUAUGAAUAUGGCUCAGGGACCCACAACCACACAUACCAUGACUUCCCAGAAGAUAGAAACACGGGGAAAAUUGCUUAUUCAGAAAGAGACCACAAAAGGCAUGUGCAGGAGAAUCAUGUGUGAAAUGUGUUUGUUGCCAGCAGCAGCAGCAGCAGCAGCAUUUCUCAGUCAUUCUGAAUGUUCAACCAGAGUCGGUUGCAUUGGAUGUCCGUGAUUUGGGUUGCUAGAAUUUUUUGAGACAGCUUAAACCUCCGACCACUGAGAGAGAGGUUCUAUUCAUAGAAGAAAAACACAAAGUGUCAGUUUUGAGGAAAGAUUUGGCCAGGUAUCCAUGUUGGUCCUCUUUUUACUUUGUGAACAUGAUAGACACAAUUCACUAUGCUUGCUUAUAUGCAUGCUUGCGUUUAUGGUGCCAGUCCUUGUUGCUAUUGGAACAUAUAUGGUAGAAAUCCAAAGAUUGUCAGAACUAGAGUGUGCACCUGAACAGGGAAAGAAAUAAAUAGUUUUGCCAUUAUGCUGUCUACUCUACUCUACUCUGCAGAUCUAGGCUAUAGGCUAUUGGAGUUGCAUGAAUGUGUUAAUGCUUACUAGUCAUUUGUUUGUUUCAUUUAAUGCCAAAAAUGUAAGACUUACUUUGAAUUCCAGUUUCUUUAAUGAUAGAUAGAUUUAGAAAUGGAAAUAGGCAUAUUUUGAUAUUCA